UCAGGCGGAACCGGGAACGGUGGAGUCACAAGAGUGUUGUCGGACGUAGUGCCAGUGUUGCCCCGAAGUGAUAAAUUGAUUUCGUGCGACGGGAGAGCGGCUCCGCGCGCAUCUAUGGAUAUUCCUUGCGCUUUCAGGUUCGACUGAUCGACGAGAAGCGAGAACGAACGAACGCAAAUUUUUGGUGCACACCACCAGGGGAGGAGCAGCAGCAACGGCAGUAGUAGUAACAACAGCAGCAACAGCAGUAGCAACGACGUAAAAAGCAACGACGAAGCGUCGAGUGAUUCUGGAGGAUUUCGCCUACGCCGAAGGUCACCCCAGGCAAUCGCAAUGGCCACGCUGUCCUUGCGCAUCUCCAUACCGGAGAAGAAUGCCACCAAGAUGAUGCAGUUUGACCCCAGCACGUCGGUCUACGAUGCCUGCCGCAUUAUCAGAGAGAAACUCGCCGAAGCCAGCAACAUGGGUCAACCAAAAGACUACGGUCUCUUUCUCUCUGAUGAGGACGUGAAGAAGGGAGUUUGGCUGGAGCCCGGGCGAAACCUUGACUAUUACAUCCUGAGGAAUGGCGAUCUGCUCGAGUACCGUCGUAAGCUCCGUACGCUCCGAGUUCGCAUGUUGGAUGGAACCUUGAAGACCAUGCUGGUGGAUGAUAGCCAGCCUGUGGCAAAUCUCAUGGUGGUGAUAUGUACAAAGAUUGGCAUCACGAAUCACGACGAAUAUUCCUUGGUGCGCGAGCUCGUAGACGAGGAGGCCGAGAAUCAGAAACCCGGCAAUUUCGGCACUCUUACGUUGAAACGGAGGAAAGAGGAGAAGGGCGAGAGGGACGCCAAGAUGGAUCAGUUGAGGAAGAAACUGAAGACCGACGAUGAAGUGAAUUGGAUAGAUCCCAGUAAGACCCUGCGCGAGCAAGGCAUCGACGAGUCCGAGACCGUGUUGCUGCGGAGGAAAUUCUUCUUCUCGGAUCAGAACAUCGACAGCCGCGACCCCGUUCAGCUGUCGUUGUUAUACGUGCAAGCGCGAGACGCGAUUCUGGAUGGUACGCAUCCGAUUACGCAGGAAAAGGCUUGCGUCUUCGCCGGGAUCCAGUGUCAGAUUCAGUUCGGCGAUCACAAGGAGGAGAAGCACAAGCCGGGUUUCUUGGACCUCAAGGAGUUCCUGCCGCAAUCUUAUGUGAAGACGAAAGGGAUCGAGAAGAAGGUAUUCGCGGAGCAUAAGAAGCACAUCGGCCUGUCGGAGCUGGAAGCCAAAGUCCUGUACACGAAGACCGCCCGGUCGCUCAACACGUACGGCGUCACGUUCUUCUUGGUGAAGGAGAAGAUGAAGGGCAAGAACAAGCUGGUGCCGCGUCUGCUAGGCGUGACGAAGGACUCGGUCCUGCGGCUCGACGAGAAGACCAAGGAGAUCCUGAAGACGUGGCCGUUGACGACCGUGCGCCGCUGGGGCGCCUCCCCGAACACCUUCACCCUCGACUUCGGCGACUAUUCUGACCAGUAUUACAGCGUGCAGACCACUGAGGCGGAACAGAUCCUUCAGCUGAUCGCCGGCUACAUCGACAUCAUCCUGAAGAAGCAGAAAGCAAAGGACCACUUCGGCAUCGAGGGAGACGAAGGCUCCACCAUGGUGGAGGACAGCGUGUCGCCUCUCAAGGCCACCAUCAUGCAGCACGAGACCAGCAAUGUUGGUAAAGGAAACGUGGAAGCUGUCUCGGUUGCGAUACCAGCUGUCAUGAGAGCCGGAGGAGACGGGGCCCGGCCAUACGGAACCGGCCACGUAGGCGGUGCCCAGUACACGACCGUCAGCGGCCAGGUGAACAUCGCACACGCUCCGCCUAUGGUCCAGCAAACCAAAGUGACAUCCGUCCUGUCUGAACCGCAACGUGCCUUAUUGUCGACCAUCACCGCCGGCCACGAGGUGAUCCACAUCGCGGAGACCGAGCUCUCGACGAAGGCCCAGAUACCCCAGCUCGGCACCGACCCGGCGUCCUUGAGAUGGAUCGAGCAGACCAUCGACACCCACAAGCAGAACGUGGGCUCGCAGAUUGCGGCGAUGAACGCCGCGACCGCCCAGGUGGUCACGCUGACCUCGGGCCCGGCGGACAACGUGGACCACACCGCGGUGGGAGCGGCGAUCACGACGAUCGCCACGAACCUACCGGAGAUGACGAAGGGCGUGAGAAUGAUAGCCGCCCUCAUGGAUGACGAGUCGUCCGGCGAACGACUGUUGGACGCCGCCAGGAAACUCUGCACGGCCUUCUCGGACCUGCUGAAAGCCACGGAGCCGGAGACCAAAGAGCCUUUCUACAUUACCUCCACGCUCUACGGACAAUAUCCCCGGCAGAAUCUGCUGAACGCGGCGUCUCGCGUGGGCGAGGCUUCGCACCAGGUGUUGACCACCAUCGGCGAAGAGGACGACUCGAAUCGCGAGCUGCAGGACAUGCUGCUGGCGCUCGCCAAGGCCGUGGCCAACACCACCGCGGCGCUGGUGCUGAAAGCGAAGAACAUAGCGGCGACGUGCGAGGACUCGGCCACGCAGAACCGAGUGAUAUCGGCGGCGACGCAGUGCGCGCUGGCCACGUCGCAGCUGGUCGCGUGCGCGAAGGUGGUAGCGCCGACCAUGCACUCGCCCGCCUGUCAGACCCAGCUGAUGAACGCCGUGCGCGAGGUGACCCGUGCGGUCGAGAGCCUGGUCCAGGUCUGCAACGAGACCUGCAGCGACGAGAACCUGCUGAAGGAGCUGAGCGUCGCCGCGGCCGAGGUCAGCCGCACCCUCAACGACCUUCUCAAUCACAUCAAGACGGCGACUAAGGGCGAACGGGCGAAGGAAUCGGUCCAGGAGGGAGCGGUGGAGACUAUCCUGGUGGCGACGGACAAGCUGUUCGCGAGCACCGGCGACGCCGGCGAGAUGGUGCGUCAGGCGAGAGUAGUCGGCCAGGCUACCGCCCAGCUGAUCCAGAGCAUCAAGGGCGAGGCCGAGAAGCAGACGGACUCGGAGCAGCAGCAGCGUCUGCUGGCGGCGGCGAAGCUGCUGGCCGACGCUACUGCCAAGAUGGUGGAGGCGGCGCGGCAGUGCGCGAGCAGUCCGCACGACGCCAAGAUGCAGGAUCGGCUGCGCCAGGCGGCCGAGGAGCUGCGGGCCGCGACCACCGCGGCGGCCACACCGGCCUUGCGCCGGAAGCUCAUCACCCGGCUGGAGGCGUGCGCGAAGCAGGCGGCGGCGACCGCGACCCAGUGCAUCGCGGCCGCCUCCGGCGCCGCCCACCACAACACCAACCCGGCCAGCCAAGAGGAGCUCAACGCGGAGUGUCGCACGAUGGCCCAGCACAUCUCGCACCUUGUGUCCGGCGUGAAAGGCACCCAGGCCUUACCGGACGUGCCUACGGCGCAGUUGAACCUGAUCAACGCCUCCGAGCAGUUCCUGCAGCCGGGCACCGCGGUGAUGAAGGCCGCCAGGGCUGUCUUGCCGACGGUGACCGACCAGGCGUCCGCGAUGCAACUCAACGACUCCUCCCAGCAGUUGGGCUCCUCGUUGGCGGACCUGAGGUCCGCGGUGACGCGCGCCAGGGAAGCCUGCGGCGGCUUGGAGCUCGACGCGGCGGAGGAGCUGAUUAACAGCCUGAAGGACGAGCUGGGUGAGUUCUAUCGCGCCGUCGAGGCCGCCUCGUUGAGACCGCUGCCCGAGGAGACGACGGAGUCGACCGCGCUGCGACUCGGCGCCACGUCCAAGAACGUCGGAUUCGCGAUGGCGCAGCUGCUGUCCGCCGCCAAGCAGGGCAACGAGAACUACACCGGCAGCGCCGCCAGGGAGACCGCCUCGGCGCUGAAGGACCUCACCUACGCGGUCCGCGGCGUAGCGGCGACGUCCGACCAGCCGGAGACGCAGAAGAAGGUGCUGAUGACGGCGGACGACGUGAUCCUGCGAUCUCUGCAUCUGGUCAAGGAGGCGCGACGCGUGCUCAAGAAUCCGGAGAAUCCCGAGAACGAGGCCAACCUGGCCGCCGUCGCCAAGGACGUGUCCAAUUCGUUGAACAAGUGCGUCUCUUGUCUACCCGGUCAGAGGGACGUCGACGAGGCCAUACGCAGCAUAGACGACAUGACGCAGGUGCUCGGCAUGAACGAGUUCCCGCACACGAACAAGAACUACGGGCAGCUGCAGAACGACCUGAACAACGCGGCGGCCAAUCUGAACGACGCCUCCUCGAGCAUAGUGUCGUCGGUGCGCUCGCCCGUGCAGCUGGCGAGCUCGUCGAAACAGUUCACCAAUGCCUUCGGGGACCUGCUGGGCGUGGGCAUGGAGAUGGCGGGCCAGACGGCGGUGGAGACGCGCAGCCAGGUGGUCGUGUCGUUGAAGAACGUCAGCAUGACGUCCGGCAAGCUCCUCGUAGCCGCGAAGUCGGUCGCGGCGGACCCGACCGCCCCGAACGCCAAGAACCAGCUGUCGGCGGCGGCGCGCGCCGUCACCGACUCCAUCAACUACCUGGUGGACGUGUGCACGUCGGCGGCGCCGGGGCAGAACGAGUGCGACAACGCCAUCAGGAACAUCCAGUCGAUGCGAUCGCUGCUGGACAAUCCGUACGAGCCGAUCUCCGACGCCUCGUACUUCGAAUGCCUGGAGAGCGUGAUGGAGAAGAGCAAGAGCCUGGGCGACGGUAUGACCGGUAUCGCGAAUCACGCGAAGAAGUCGGAGCACGAGCAGUUCUCGGUCGCCGUCCGUGGGGUGUCCUCGUCGAUCUGCGGCCUGAUAGAAGCCGCGGCUCAAGCGGCCUACCUCGCCGGGGUGAGCGACCCGACGUCCGUGGCGGGUAAACCCGGCCUGGUGGACCAGGCGCAGUUCUUCCGGGCGGCUCAGGCGAUACACACCGGCUGCCAGAGCCUCGGCAACCCGACGAGCACGCAGCAGCAGGUCCUCUCAGCCGCCACCAUGAUCGCGAAGCACACCAGCGCCCUGUGCAACGCCUGCAGGGUCGCCUCCAGCAAGACCAGCAACCCGGUGGCGAAGCGGCACUUCGUCCAGUCGGCCAAGGACGUCGCCAACUCGACCGCGUGCCUCGUGAAGGAGAUCAAGGCGCUCGACCAGAAUUACUCGGACGCCAAUCGCGAGAAGUGCGCGGAGGCGACGAAGCCGCUGCUGGAGGCGGUCGACAACCUCUGCACCUUCGCGAGCUCGCCGGAGUUCGCGAGCCAGCCGGCCAAGAUAUCGAUCGCGGCCAGGGCGGCGCAGGAGCCGAUCACCAGCGCCGGGAAGUCCAUCAUCGACGGCUCGUGCGCCAUGGUGCUGGCGGCGAAGAGCCUGGCGGUCAGCCCGAAGGAUCCGCCGACUUGGCAGCUGCUGGCCAAUCACAGCAAGAGCGUGAGCGACUCGAUCAAGUCGCUGGUGGCGUCGAUACGCGACAAAGCGCCCGGACAGAAGGAGUGCGACGCCGCGAUCGAGAAGCUGUCGGCCCGCAUCCGCGAGUUGGACGCCGCGUCCCUCAGCGCCGUCUCGCAGGCGUUGGUGCCGCGGCGCGAGAACACCAUGCAGGGCUUCACCGACCAGAUGGAGAGCAGCGCGAGCGAGCUGCGCGAGAAGCUGGAGCCGUUGCGCACGGCCGCGAAGUACGAGGCGGAGAACGUGGGCCACGCGGUCAGCCAGAUCGCCCUCUACUCGGAACCGCUCGUCUCCGGCGCCGUAGGCGCCGCCUCCAACAUGGUGCACUCGAAGCAGCAAAUGGUGCUGCUGGACCAGACGAAGACCGUCGCCGAGUCCGCCCUGCAGCUGAUCUACGUCGCCAAGGAGUCCGGCGGCAAUCCGAAGGCCAUCGCCCUGCACUCGGAGGUGGACGAGACCGUCGAGUCCACCAAGGACGCGCUUCAGGAACUGCAGAACACGCUGGAGACCAUAUCGACGUCGCACGGCAUCGUCACCGGCCUCAUCGACACCAUUUCGCGCGCGAUGGUCCGACUGGAGGACCACCGCAUGUCCACCAUCGACACCGUCGACUCGUACGUCGACUACCAGACCAGGAUGGUCGAGGCCGCGAAGGAGAUCGCUCGGUUGGCGCAAGAAAUGUCGACCAAGUCCAGCACCGACGUUGCCAGACUGGGCCCGCUGGCGGUCGACAUCAGCCACAAGUACACGCAGCUCGCCCGCGACACCUCCGGCGCGUCCGCGGCGGCCUCGAACGCCGACGUGUCGGCGCGGCUACGGACCGGCGUUCAGGAGCUCGGCCGUGCGUGCGCCGACAUAGUACGCACCGCCGGCAUCUGCCAGAUGUCGCCCGGUGACGUGUACGCGCAGCGUGAGGUCGCCGAGCAGAGCAAGAUCGUGACGGAGAAGGUGUCGCAGGUGUUGGCUGCCUUGCAAGCUGGCUCACGCGGCACCCAGGCGUGCAUCAACGCGGCCAGCACGGUGUCCGGCAUCAUCGGCGACCUCGAUACCACCAUCAUGUUCGCCACCGCCGGCACCCUGCACGCCGAGAACGAGGGCGACACGUUCGCCGACCACCGUGAGAACAUACUGAAGACCGCCAAGGCCCUGGUGGAGGACACCAAGACCUUGGUCGCUGGCGCCGCGUCGUCGCAGGAACAGCUGGCUGUGGCGGCGCAGAAUGCCGUCUCCACCAUCGUCCAACUCGCCGAAGUGGUCAAGUACGGUGCGGCCAGUCUGGGCAGUCAGAAUCCGGAGGCGCAGGUGAUGCUGAUCAACGCGGUGAAGGACGUCGCUUCGGCGCUGGGCGACCUCAUACACGCCACCAAGGCCGCCAGCGGCAAGCCCAUCAACGACCCCAGCAUGGCACACCUUAAGGAUUCCGCCAAGGUAAUGGUGACCAACGUGACAUCGUUGCUGAAGACCGUCAAGGCCGUGGAGGACGAGCACACCCGUGGCACCAGGGCGUUGGAGUCGACGAUCGAGGCGAUCGCACAGGAGAUACGCGCCCUCAACAGCCCGGAGAGCCAGAAGAGCAACGUCACGCCGGAGGAUCUGGUGCGUUGCACCAAGAGCAUCACGAUAUCCACGGCGAAGGCGGUCGCAGCCGGGAACAGCUGCAAGCAGGACGACAUCAUCGCCGCCGCCAACAUGGGCAGGAAGGCGAUCAGCGACAUGUUGACCAUCUGCAAAGGCGCCGCCUACAACUGCGCGGAGACGGCCGAUCUGCGCGACCGCACCCUGCAGGCCGGCCACGACGUCGCCAUCAACUACCGCGAGCUGCUCCAGGCGAUCCUGCAGAUCUCCUCCAGGCAGGGCGACGCCAAGCACACGUUGCCGGCGAUCUCGCGCAAAAUCGCCCAGAGCGUGACCGAACUGGUCGCGGUGGCGGAGCUGUUGAAGGGCAACGACUGGGUCGACCCCGACGACCCUACGGUGAUCGCGGAGAACGAACUCCUCGGCGCAGCUGCGAGCAUCGACGCCGCCGCCAAGAAACUGGCCAGCCUCAGGCCAAGGAGGAGCAUUCAGGAGGCGAACGAGGACAUGAACUUCGACGAGAUGAUAUUGGAGGCCGCGAAGUCGAUCGCCGCCGCCACGUCGGCCCUGAUCAAGGCCGCCAGUGCCGCCCAGCGCGAGCUGAUCGCCACCGGCAAGGUGUCCCGCACACCGUUAACCAGCUCCGACGACGGGCAAUGGUCCGAGGGUCUGAUCUCCGCCGCCAGACUGGUGGCGGCCGCCACCCACAGCCUCGUGGAGUCCGCCAACGCUCUCGUUCAAGGAGUAAGCUCCGAGGAGAAGUUGAUCUCCAGCGCCAAGCAGGUUGCCAGCAGCACGGCGCAACUGUUGGUUGCUUGCAAGGUCAAGGCCGACCCUGACAGCGAGAGCACGAAGCGCCUGCAGGCCGCUGGCAAUGCGGUGAAACGUGCGACCGAUAAUCUCGUACGCGCUGCGCAACAGGCUAUCCAACAGGAGGAGGACCGCUCGUUGGUCCUGAACCGCCGCAUGGUAGGCGGCAUCGCGCAGGAGAUCAACGCACGCUCGGAGGUGUUGCGAAUUGAGCGCGAGCUGGAGGAGGCCCGGGGCCGUUUAACCGCGAUCCGUCAAGCCAAGUACAAGAACCGGCCGGACCUGGCCGACGACGGUGAGCUCGAUCAGAGCGGCUACGAGGGCUACACGACCCGUUACGAGACCAGGGCGUACGAGCCGUCGCACAUGCACUCGCCGCAGACGAUGCACCACACGCUGGACCAGCUGCAGACCAGCGCCCAGCACAUCAGCCAUCACCAGUUCGCCGAGAUCGGUGAUCGGCAGCAGCUGGUCAGCCCGGAGAAGGUGCACUCGACGCAGAGCACCCUCGAGAGGAAGAUGAAGGACGCCCAAUACCGCUCGGUCCUUCUGGACAGCGAGUCCCUGGACAGGAAGUACGGCGACAGUUACCAGGAGCGGAGCCCGUACGUCGUUACCGAGAGGAAGAUCGUGACGGACAACUUGCCCGGUCAGUACAGCUCGAUCGAGCGGAAGAUCAACCAGGAGAUCAUCAGCGCGGCGGAGAGGAAGCACGCCGGGGACAUCGCUUACCACCCGCCGCCUCAGCAUAUCUCAUACUCGCCGCGGUCCCCGACGCACAGAUCCGCCCCGCAGAUACCGACCUCGCCGGAGACGACGUACGAGAGGCAGGAUCAGCAGCAUCCGAUCGAUCGCUUCUCGGCCGCCAGCCCGAUGAGCACCUUCCGCUCCGAGAAGCAAGUGGACACCCAGCGAUUCGGCGUCGUGCCGCAUCACCAGACGUUCAAGAACGUCGAGAGCAAGGUCGUGCCCGGCGGCAGAAUCGAGACCAUCACGACGAAGGUGUACACGUCGACGCCCGGCAAGAGCAGCUCUUCCAACUACGAGGCCACCGAGGAGACCAAAGAGUACACGACCUCCGGCAACGAGCUGUCCACGUUCAAGAGCGCCUUCGACAACGACAGCGUCGAGGAGCGCACGACGAAGCAGUCGAGCUUGCACAAGGUCACGGAGAAGAAGACCGUGACGAUGACGACGUCGAGCCGGCAGGAGUCCAACACGAAAACCUUCCGCUUCGAAGACAAGCAGUAAAAACCCGCGGGAGAGGACGCGAGAGGACGGCUGAUCCGACCGUCCGUUUGCGCGAUGACAAACAGGCAAUGUCCCUCCGGAGGUAUGAGGUAUUCAAGAAGAGUUCGGACAGAGCGACGUCGUUCGUCCCCGCGUGUUCCUCAACGCGAAAUUAUUUCAGUGGUAUUUGACUGGCGGAAUAAGCUGUUUGGGGAUUCCGGGAGGUUGAACUUCUCGAGGUCGGGGUUGAAAAUGAAGCGGUCGAUAGCCGAAGGUGGAUCGAGUGAUGAAAAAUAAUCAAAUGAUUAGAAAUGAUGCGAUUUAAGGCGCGAUCUAAUCGUUACUCCACGUGUAAUAGUAUAUUUUUAUUGUCACGUCGUUGUUCGAUCGCGCUUGAGCGACUUGCGAGAAGAGACGUCCGGGAUACACCCGACCCCGGGAAUCGGCACGCUCGACGAACCGGAGCGCGAGCGGUCGCGGGGAACUCGGCCGGGACGACGACGAAACCUUCGCGACGAGAGAUAGAAAAGUGCCCUUAGAUAAACGUGCAACUCGUGCUUUCGAUUUGUUGCCUUUUUGCGAGCGUAUAUUUAUUCGUGGAGCCAUAUUUUCGCGCCGUGAUCUUUUCGCCGCGACCGAUACGACGAGUGGCCGGACCGAGUCGAUCUUAACGGGACGAUUUUUCGUUGUUGUUGUUGUUGCGUGUGUAACGUUUACUCCCGGCUAUAUUACGUAAGACAUAACUAACUUACUUUACGACUACCACUACUAUUACUUCCGUUCGCACAGAGUAAGAUAGAGGUUUUAUGGUUUUAGGCCCAUGACGCACGCAAAAAGCGUAAAGCAAUAAGACACGAGCAGUAAGCAAGCAUUGACCAAUCACGAUCGAUUAUUCUUCGGCCGUAAGGAGAAUAAUCGACUGUGAACGAUCAAUUUUCUUACCUCUCGGCUUUUGCCGCUUAAGUUUUUCCGCGUACCAUGGCCCCUUAUUUUCUCUCUCUCCCUCUCUAUCUCUAUCUAUCUAUCCAUCUCUUUCUCUUGUUUCUUUUUUCUCCCUCGUUUGUUCUCUUCUUAUGAACGCUUACCGCGCUUACCUUGAGGAUAAUAGUUGAGGUACCGUACGUAAUCGCGCUUGAGUUUUUAAUGUAUAGAGUUAAUUUACUUUUACACUUUACAAACGGAUGGUCGAGAGAACCACGAAUUAACCAGAGAAGCAACAUAUCAUUUAAUUUUAUUAAUUUUCCCGACGUCGCCCGGCGCCCGCGCGCGGGUGCCCAGCGACUCACCGGCACUCUCGCUGCAUUAACAUUUUCCGCUUUCUAGAUUAACCCC